CUCAAUUUCCAGCCCCAUUUUCUUCGUCUUCGAUCUCUCUCUGUACGUUACCCUCCAAAAAGAAAUUUCGAACAGAAAAGAAAGAGAGAAAUUGUUCACUAAUUUCAACAAUUCGUUGGGUUGAGCAAUGGAGAACCUAAUCAUACCCUGCAACUCUAGCCGUCCCAUGCCAAUCCCAUCCAAGCUAAGAAACCAAUCCAAGUUCUCACCCAGACCCACUAUCUCUUUCACCGAAACAACACACGCAAAGCUCACGGACGCUUACGUGAAUUACCUCCGCAAAAGUGGGCGCCUCAGCGAGGCAGUAGCCGCUCUUGAGUCCAUUGCCCAACGCGGGUCCAAGAUAGAGCCCAAGACCUAUCUUAAUCUGUUAGAGUCUUGCAUUGAUGCGAAUUCUGUUCAACUGGGUCGGAAGCUUCAUGGAUGUAUUGAUUUGGUUAAGGAGGAAAACCCGUUUGUGGAGACUAAGAUUGUGAGCAUGUACGCGAAAUGCGGGUGUUUGGAAGAUGCACGUAAGGUGUUUGGUGAAAUGCGUGAGAGAAACUUGUACACUUGGUCCGCGAUGAUUGGUGCAUGCUCGAGAGAGCAGAGGUGGAGGGAGGUUGUGGACCUUUUUUAUUUUAUGAUGGAAGAUGGGGUUUUGCCUGAUGAUUUUUUGUUCCCAAAGAUCUUGCAGGCGUGUGCAAAUUGUGGGAAUUUUGAGGCCGGGAAGUUGAUACAUUCAUUGGUGGUUCGACUUGGGAUGAGCUGUUCUAGUCGUGUUAACAAUUCGAUUUUGGCUGUGUAUGCAAAGAGUGGGAAAAUGAGUUUGGCAAGGAGCUUUUUCGAGAACAUGGAUGAGAGGGAUAGGGUGACUUGGAAUGCAAUGAUAUCUGGGUAUUGCCAGAAGGGUGAGAACGAGGAAGCUCAUAGAUUGUUUGAUGCAAUGCGUGAAGAAGGGGUUGAAGCGGGUUUGGUGACUUGGAACAUAUUGAUUGCAAGCUAUAACCAGUUAGGCCAAUGUGAUGUUGCGAUGGAAUUGAUGAAGAAGAUGGAGAGUUUUGGAAUAACUCCUGAUGUCUUUACUUGGACUUCUAUGAUUUCAGGGUUUGCUCAAAACAACAGGAGAAGUCAGGCAUUAGAUUUCCUUAAGGAUAUGCUUAGGGAAGGGGUUGAACCAAAUGGGGUCACAAUUGCAAGUGCAGUUUCAGCAUGUGCUUCUUUGAAAUCACAAGAGAAGGGGAUGGAAAUCCAUUCUGUUGCUGUUAAGAUGGGUUUCAUCAAUGAUGUAUUAGUUGGGAAUUCACUCGUUGACAUGUAUUCCAAGUGUGGAAAAUUAGAAGCAGCUUGGCAAGUCUUUGAUAUGAUCUUAGAGAAAGAUGUAUACACUUGGAACUCAAUGAUCGGAGGUUAUUGCCAAGAUGGCUACUAUGGUAAAGCCCAUCUUCUCUUUAUGCAAAUGCAGGAAUCUGGUGUGCAACCUAAUGUAAUCACGUGGAAUGUAAUGAUCUCGGGAUAUAUACAGAAUGGAGAUGAGGAUCAAGCUAUGGAUCUUUUCCAGAGAAUGGAAAAAGAUGGUAACAUUAAGCGGAAUACGGCUUCAUGGAACUCUCUUAUUGCUGGUUACCUGCAAAUUGGGCAAAAAAACAAGGCAUUAGGAAUAUUUAGACAAAUGCAGUCUUCCCGUGUUUUUCCUAAUUCAGUUACAAUGUUGAGUGUCUUACCUGCGUGUGCAAAUUUAAUUUCAGUGAAGAAGGUAAAAGAGAUCCAUGGUUGUGUAGUCCGUAGAAGCUUAGAGACUGAACUUUCUAUUGCAAAUUCUCUUAUUGACACUUAUGCCAAGUCGGGGAAUAUAGUAUAUUCAAGAACCAUAUUUGAUGGAAUUUCGUCCAAAGAUGUCAUCACUUGGAACUCAUUGAUUGGUGCUUAUGUUUUACAUGGUUAUGUAGAUGCUGCACUUGAUCUCUUUUAUCAGAUGAAGCAGUUUGGAUUCAGACCAAAUAGAGGUACGUUUGCAAACAUUAUAUUUGCUUACAGUCUUGCUGGAAUGGUGGACGAGGGGGAGAAAAAACCCAUAUCAGUUGGGCCGUGGGGAUCUCAGCAAGGGUUGAAUUGGGACGAUGGAGUUUACUCAACAGUGAGGCAAUUGGUAAUAACUCACGGAGCCGGCAUCGACUCCAUCCAGAUUGAGUACGAUAAGAAAGGGACCUCCAUUUGGUCAGACAGGCAUGGUGGAAAUGGAGGCCACAAAACAGACAAGGUCAAGCUUGAUUACCCGGAUGAGUUCCUGACUUCAAUACAUGGACACUAUGGUACCUUAAACGAAUGGGGGCCUGUCUUUGUUCGAUCACUGACUUUUGAGAGCAACAUGAGAACAUAUGGACCAUUUGGUAUCGAAAAAGGAACAUAUUUCUCAUUCCCAAUGACUGGGGGCAAGAUUGUUGGGUUCCAUGGUAAGUGCGGCUGGUAUCUUGAUGCAAUUGGUGCUUAUUUGAAGCCGAUUGAGAAAGAGUAUCCAUCCAAAGCUUUGUCUCGACAGUCGCAAAAGUAUGUUGCUAAUGGGACUGAGAAGGUUGGCUUCUCUGUAAUACAAGGGACUAUAGGUGAAAGCUUUGAUAUAGUUCUUGCUGUAAGACAAAAGGAUGAUUUCGGCAACCCCCUACAGAAUAAAGUUUCUAGGGAAAUUUCUAGUCUGGAAACCAGUGAUUUGGGAACUAAAGGAAAGAUGCCAAGUAUUGAGAAGGUUCCCUCAAAAGUUGAUGGCGUGGUAACAUUUGGGCCAUGGGGUGGAAAUGGUGGGACUGUGUUUGAUGAUGGCAUGUAUACAGGCAUUAGACAGAUUAAUUUGUCUCGCAAUAUUGUUGGAAUUGUAUGGAUAAGAGUUUUGUAUGAUUGCGAUGGGGAUGACAUAUGGGGAAGCAAACAUGGGGGCACUGGAGGAUAUAAGAAUGAAAAGAUAGUGUUUGAUUAUCCAUCUGAAAUCUUGACUCAUAUAGUAGGCUCCUAUGGCCCUAUAAUGUACAUGGGGCCUAGUGUUAUCAAGUCACUCACUUUCUACACCAAUAAAGGGAAGUAUGGGCCAUAUGGAGAAGAACAAGGAUCCAGCUUCACCACCAAAUUGAAGGCAGGAAGGAUUGCUGGAAUCCAUGGGAGGAAGGGUUUAUUCAUAGAUGCUCUAGGGGUACAUGUUAUAGAAGGGACAGUAAUGCCUCUGCCUCUGGCUGUGGAUUAUUCUCCUUCCAAUGCAAGCAUGCCUUACGAACCCCCGAUUUCUGAGGUAGAUAAUUCGCAGUGGUCAAACAAACUUGUAUUAACAAAGAAAGGACCAAUUGAAGAGGUUGCUUUUGGUGUGAUAAAAGAACCAGCCCCAUGUGGACCAGGUCCAUGGGGAGGGGAUGGAGGGAGACCAUGGGAUGAUGGAGUUUUUUCUGGGAUCAAACAGAUUUAUGUGACAAGAGUUGCAGAAGCCAUUUGCUCCAUUCAGCUUGAGUAUGACCGAAAUGGACAAGCUGUUUGGUCCAUCAAGCAUGGGGGUAAUGGAGGAACUGCCACACAUCGGGUAAAACUGGAGUACCCGCAUGAAGUACUGAUCUGCAUAUCUGGGUAUUAUGGUCCAAUCACCAGUGAUCAGCGGCCUAAAGUUAUACGGUCACUGACAUUUUAUACCAGUCGAGGCAAGUAUGGUCCGUUUGGUGAGGAAAUAGGAACAUUUUUCACAUCAACCACGACAGAAGGCAAGGUGGUCGGCUUCCAUGGGAGGAGUAGCUGCUACUUGGAUGCCAUUGGUGUCCAUAUGCAACACUGGCUUGGAAGUCAACGGCCUUCAAAGCCAUCUAUCUUUAAAAGGUUCACUUGAUCAAAAGCUUUCCAUCAAACAAAUAUGACAAUGAUUUUAUUGACAUUCAAGCGCUAUAAAUCCAUGUUCAAGUUGGUCGAUGUUUUAAUCCAAAAUAAAAUGAUUUACCAUCAUUCAUAAACCAUAGAAGAAUUAUAUGUACUCCAAGGUCAAUAAAUUAUGUAUCGACCCUAAUGAUGUCUGCUUGAUUGAGACC